GGGUGUACAUGUUACAAGUGCUGAAAUAUCAAAAUUUAAGUCAGACAUUGACUGGUUAGUGUCCAGUAUGUAUCAGGUCAUAUUAUCCUAACACUCCUAUAUAUACACAUGAAGUACAAACUGGUUCAUGGUGAAGCCUUUUCUCUCUGUUUCUCUGUUUCUGUCUCUCUGUCAUGGCUGUCACGGCCACUGAUGAAGAUCACAGCCUUAAUGCAGAUCUGUACAAGGCUCUCAUGAGUGGGGAAGAGAACAAAGUGAUUCAACAAUGUGAAGAUCUUGCAGAUGGACCAUUGCACAUAUUAACCAUACAUGAUGACACAGUCCUCCACAUGGCUACAUACACUAAACAAACAGACAUAGUCCUUCAUUUACUGGAAAAGUUGGACAGCCAACAUCUGGACAAAAUGACCCGCCAAAAUGACAUCGAUAGGAAACACCAUACUCCACGAGGUUGCCGGUGUUGAAAAAAGCGUCACUGUCGCGAGGAAAAUAUUGGAGAUGGAACCGAAGCUGUUGAGUAUGAGCAACAAGCAUGGAGAGACUGCUCUAUUUCGUGCGGCGGCUUAUGGCAGGACUGAAAUGUUUGAGUAUCUUGACAACGAAAUCAAUAAAAUCUUUGUCGGGGAAGGACCUGAAGAGGUUGGAAAUUAUUUCUUGAAAAGGAAUGAUAAAAGCACCAUACUUCAUGCGUCCAUCAUCAGUGACCACUUUGAAUUGGCCCUUUCGAUUGCAAAAAGGUACAAACAUUUAGUUGUUGAAAGAGAUGGAGAUGGGAUGACUCCUCUUCAACUUCUUGCGUGCAAUCAAUCAGCCUUCAAAAGAGCAAGGAAACUAACUCACCGGCUCUUGCACUCUUGUGUCUCACUUGAAGGUACAACUAUGACAGAACGAGGUAAAGGGCCAUCUUCAUCAUGUUAUGGAAUGGCCUUAAGUGAAGCAAUAAGGAAGAAAAACAAGAAAUAUGAAUCAGCUUUGGAACUUGCCGAGUUCUUAAUAGCAAAAGAUACCUCGUGGCACGUCACCCUCUCUGCAAUCAACCAGUGUAAGCCUAAAUGCCACAGAUAUGGAAAGUUCUCGUCUGCUUCCCAAGGCCAAUCGACUGAUGUAGAAGGACUACAGGCCUCAACAACUCAUGGUAAUAAGACAGGGAAUGCUGAAACUCCAUUGUUUUUGGCAACUAAGUUGGGUAUUAUAGAGAUUGUUGAACAAAUACUCAAGAAGUAUCCUCAGGCAGCUGAGCAUAUUGAUCACCACGGGCGUAAUAUUUUACAUAUAGCCAUCAAGUACCGCCAAAUACAUAUAUUUGACUUUUUGGAGAAAAAAAUGGAAAUCUCAAUGAUGAGGCUUAUACAAAAGAUCGACAACAAUGGGAACUCCGUACUGCACACGGUUGCAUUAAGACCAGAUGGUUACAAAGAUGAAAAAAUGCGAAGCCCUGCCCUGGUACUUCAAGAGGAUUUGCUUUUGUUUGAGCGUCUCAAUAAGAUAUAUGCAACCCUUUUCACGAAGCACUUCAACAAUGAUAGACAGACUGCUAAACAGCUAUUUGUUUCUAACAAUGCUCUACUUCAUAAGGAAGCCAUAGAUUGGCUAAAGCGCACUGCUGAAAAUUGCUCCAUCGUUGCUGUCCUAAUUGCCACUGUUGCCUUUGCUGCAGCCUACACAAUACCAGGUGGUCCUAGUCAGACCACCGGUUAUCCAAUUCUUCUAGACCAACCUUUCUUUGUUGUCUUCACCAUGACAGACGUUCUCUCCCUCACGCUUGCUUUGACAUCAGUCAUCGUGUUUCUCUCCAUCCUCACGUCACCAUUUCGAUUUAAAGACUUCAAAUGCUCUCUUCCUCAGAAACUAAUGUUAGGAAUUACUUUAUUGAUCCUUUCUGUGUCGAUGAUGAUGUUGGCUUUUGGUGCAACAGUUAUCCUAAUGAUUCACAAUAAGGAACGGUGGACAAAAUUAGCCUUGUACUUAGUUGCAUUCCUCCCGGUAUCUGUCUUUGCUCUUACCUACUUGCCUCUAUAUUUAUCACUUAUGAGGACUUCUUCGAAGUACUUACUCCGGAAAAUUGGGGAGGCUUUUCGUUGGUGUAGAAGUGAAUCUUUUCGAUCUGGGAUGGCCAAUUCACUCAAAUAUCCUAAAUCUAGAGCUAGAAUUGACUCCAACCCAAACCAACCUCAAACCACUAGUUCCACCAGUUGCUCAUGUCCUCUAACAACGCCUCAAACCAACCAUUCUCUUGUAUGAAUCAUGAACAAUCUUUCUAGUACUAGUUUGAGUGCUUUCAACUUACCACAGACUAAAUUUGAUUAGUUUACAAUGUCGAGUGAUGCCUUGUAUGGUUUUUGUAUUUUCUUUUAAUGUAUUCAAGUAUUCUGAUUUUUGUCA